CCUGUGUAUUAUAGUGAGAAACAUUAAUAUUUAUAAUAAUUUUAUAAGUGAACUUUUGUAAACAGUGAGUAAAUUUUGUAUUAAAAUUAAAUUCGAAUAUUAUUUUAAGGAAAAAAAAGUAUUGUUUAGAUAUUUAAAUAUCCACAUUUUAUCGUAUCUUAUUGUAAUUAACUAAUUCAGCAACUAAUUGCUUUAAUAACGUAAUUUAUUGAAUACAAGUAGUUAUUCGAACAAAUUGACAAAUACCAUACAUGUAAACACACUGCAUAUUUAAAUGAAUAGAUAUUGCAACGCAAAAUGAAAGAUUAGAUUAAAAAUCUGUGGCAAUUAUUAACGAUUUUCGAAGCUCUUAUUAAUGGAAGCAUGUAUUUGCUAAAAAAUAUCGAUUACGAUACAGAAAUUAAACUAAGAAAAAAAUUCUUCAAUGAGAAAAAUUCAACGAAAUAAAAUAGGAAAUUUCAGGCAGAUUGAAAAGACGCCAAAACUUUAACAAAAUGAACUACGAUCGAGGGAAGCUUAUCAAAGCUUUCAUUUUUAUUAAAUUAUUGUAAAUUUCUUAAAAGACAAAGCAACCAGUAUUCCAAGUAAUUUAAUUUAAAAGAAAAAAAAAAACAAGAAAAACGAAAAUUAUUUAGUUAUUAGAAACAAUCAAAGCAAAAUAAAAUUAAUAACUUUCCAAUAGUUUUUAAGAAUACUUUUGCCUAGCAUUAAUGACGUUCCAAUUUAAACAAAGUUACAAAGAAAAGACAUUUUUUUUCAAAAGCUGAAUUAAAAUAAUUUCAAAAGAUAUCAUAAAUUUAUAUAAAAAUUAAAACAAAAUUUGGUUUUGAAUAGAUCACUUGGCCAAAGGAUAGAAAUAAUUAAUUUAUUUUGAAAAUAAGAAAAAUAUUUAUAACGAUAAGUUAAAAACUUAAAACUUUUCUAAAACUAAAAAAAAUUAUUUAUGGAUGCAGGAGGUCUUCCAGUAUUUCAGAGCGCCAAUCCGGCUGCCAUAGCCCAACAACAACAACAGCAACAUCAGUCAAUAAAUAGUCAUAUGCAAUUGCAACAGCAACAUACACAAUUAACACAACAACAAUUACAACAGUUACAACAACAACAUCAUCCACAUCAUCAACAGCAAAAUUUACAUUUACAACAACAUCAACAUCAACACCAGCAUCAGCAUCACCAGCAAUUGCAACAACAUCAACAUCAGCAUCAACACCCACAUCAGCAUCAACAUCACCAGCAAUCAAUUUCGCAACAGCAACAACAACAUCAAACGCAACAGCAGCAAUCUCAACCACAACAGCAACAACAACAACAGCAAACACAAUUUCAAAAUGUACAACACCAAAAUCCAUUCCAACCACAGAACGAAAUUAUACCACCAAAACGUCAAGCAGUUGUUGACCGAUUACGUCGUCGUAUAGAAAAAUAUCGUAUAAGACAAACGGAAAGUAUUCCAAGAUUUGAUCAAACAUUUACAAAUGUAUGUGAGCAACAGAAUCAUGAAACGUCUGUAUUGAAGCAAAGAUUUUUAGAAAGUAAAGCUAAACGUGCCGCCAAAAAGACUCCAGCCGAAAAGAAACCAACGGAAAAUAUGAUGACCGGUAAUUUACAAAGUAGCGUACAUGUGGUAAGUUUCAUCAAUUUCCAUACAAAUUUUAGAUAUAUUUGGCCAAGUAAGUGUCAUUUUUCAAUUAAUAUUAAAUCUGUAAAAGUUAACAUAGUUCAAUGCAAAUAUGCAAACACUUCUAAAAUUUUGCAUGUUAAAAGUUUGCACUAAAACGUGUUACUUGUACUUACUUAAGAUUUACCGAGUAUGGUGGAACUGACUCUCCAUUAUACGCGAAUACUUUUAGUAUAUUUGAAAAUUUAAAUUCCAGUUUUUUAUGAUUUUAAAAAA